AUGGCUCAACUCACGCCGCUGGGAUGGACAUGUAUUGGUGGUACUGGUAGAUCCCUUCAAACCCAUUUUACAAAAAUAACAUCUAGUACAAAGAAAAUAGAAGAUGCAAACAAUACCAUUAAAAAAUUAUGGGAAAUUGAAAGCGACGAAAAGAUGCAAUUUAGAAACACAAUGAGUAGCCCAGAAGACUCUACCACCUUUAUUAUAGUAACUAAUUCGCUAAAAACAGAGAACGGAAGAUAUGAGCUAAAAUUACCUUGGAAAGUUGUAAACCGAGGACAGCUCCAAGAAUUGUGGAUUGAUGGAAUUGAGUGGGAUGAUGCACUUCCAGAUAGGAUUGCAAAUAAUGUUGAUCAAUGGUUUCAAGAACUAAACGAUCUCCCAAAAUUAAACAUUUCCAGAUGUUUACAAACACCUUCAACAGUUACAAAUAAAUCACUCCACGUGUUUACGGAUGCAUCUUGUAAAGCCUUCGGUGCUGUUGCUUAUCAACAAUGUUUAUAUGACAUAGGAGAAGUGACCUGUGUGAUCAUAAUGUCAAAAGCCCGAGUAAGCCCAUUGCAAUCUAUUAGUAUACCAAGACUUGAAUUACUUGGAGCUGUCCUCGGUUUACAACUUGCAGAGAAGAUUGUCAAAGCAUUGAAGCUAGAAACUAAGGACGUAACUAUAUGGUCUAAUUUACUAACAAGAGGAACAACAGUUAAAGAAUUAGAAAGUAAUAAUGUAUGGUGGCAUGGACCAAGUUUCCUUAAUUAUUUAGAAGAAAAAUGGCCACAGAACCACAUUGAAGUCACACAAGAGGCUUUAAUUGAAGUAAAGAAAAAUCCAGUAUUAAUGAAUUUUGCAUUAUCCACUGAAGUAACAAAGCAAUGGCUUGAUAUAAAUAAGUUCUCAAGUUGGAAAAGACUCAUCAGGAUAAAAGGCUGGAUCCAUCGGUUUAUAAGAAACUGCCGAUUGGAAACAGGUUUUCGUAAAAAGGGUGAUAUAGCAGCUGAUGAAUAUCAUGAAAGCGAAAAUGAAAUCAUAGCUAAUGCUCAAAAAGAAAGCUUUGAAGAAGAAUAUAGCAACAUUGAAAAAGAAAAACCGAUAUUGAUAUCAAGCAAAAUCAUUUCUUUAAAUCCGCAAAUUAACGAAGACGGAUUAUUGCGAUCUUGUAGUCGAUUGCAAAAUGCCCAUUACUUAUCCUACGAUGUUAAGCAUUCAUCCAUUUUUCCGAGAGGACAUAAAAUAACAAAAUUGAUUGUUAAACAUUACCAUGACGAAGCCAAUCAUGUGAUGGGAACAAAUCAAUUAUUAACAAAACUAUUAGAACGAUAUUGGGUAAUACGAGGACGAGUAGAAAUCCGAGAUGCAGAAGCAAAAUACAACAAAUGUAAAUUAAGAAAAUGUAAACCUGCUCAACAGCUGAUGGCCCUUUUACCACCAAUGCGCUUUAAAGAACCACUACGUGAGUUUGCUAGAAUUGGUAUCAAUUUUGCUGGUCCAUUUCUUACUAUGCAAGGUAGAGGGAAGAUACGACAAAAGAGAUACUUGUGUUUGUUUACCUGUUUACUAUCACGAGCAGUACAUCUUGAUAUCGCUUAUAAUCUAGAUACAAAUUCAUUCCUCAAUGCCUUUUAUCGAAUGGUGAAUAGAAGAAGAUUACCAUUAGAAGUUUAG